UCAAGUAGAUUAGCUCUAUGCGGGUUUGAGGGGCGUGGCUCUGUUGAAACGUCAUCAACCUCAGGCAUACAAUAUGGCUGCGCCCAUGGACACAGCACAUUAGUUGUGUCCACUGACCUACAACUGCUUUUUUAAUUGUUAUAAUUGGGGUAAAAACCCGACGGCUAUAAAGAUGGCCACUCCAGGCAAAGUGUCGAAAAAGGAACGGAAGAAGCAGAUCCCAGCUAAGACGUCCCUGAACUCCCCCUACAGACUGCAAUGGAGCCCGCUGCAGAGUGAUGAUGUACACUUCAUCCUGGACACUCUGAAGAGCAAACUGUCAGCAACUGGCCUGGAAAAGAAAGAGGUGAAAGGGUUUCGACAGUGGGGGAAAAAGAGAAAUAAGAACCCACCUACAGGACAUGACUCGGUAGCUGAGCCCCCACAGAUAACCCUCGACGCUGUAACACCGGAAUGUCCUGUUAAACCCAGAGAGCAAGGCUGGACUGACGUAGCCGCUAGGAGGCAGCUGGCCAUCGGCAUCAAUGAAGUCACCAAGGCUCUGGAGAGGAACCAGCUCCGGCUGGUGCUCGUGUGCAAGUCGGUCAAACCGCCGCACAUGACGAGCCACCUGAUAGCGCUGUGCCGGACGCGGGGCGUGGCGGCAUGCCAGGUGCCGCGUCUCAGUGAGAGUGUGGCGGGACUGCUGGGGCUGAAGUGCGUCCUGGCACUGGGAUUCAGACAAGGGGACAGGAACGAGGAUGGGACGUUCUCCGACACUGUGGAAGCUAUUGUACCCAGAGUGCCUGCUCUGCAGGUUGCCUGGAUACCAAGCCCUCCCAGUGAAACAGAUGUAACAGUUGAGGGGCAGGUAGGAGAGGAAGAGGGAACAGCUGCAGGGCAAAUGGGGUUGGAAAAGGGAGAGGAGACAAGAGGCCAAAAACGGAAAAUUGAAGACAUUUCUCCAGACAUUACAGAACGUCCAUCCUGCGUACUUCAGCCUCUUAAAGUGAAAAAGAUUAUCCCCAACCCCUAUAAAAUACGGAAACCAAAAACUAAGAAAAAGUAGAAGCAAUUUAUGUACAAAAGAUGACAUGAAACAGUAGUGUAGGCAACCCUGGAUGCUGAUUGGAGGUGAUCUCUACUACCAAUCUGGAGGAAACACUCCCAAAAUCCCAUGGAGGACUUAAAUUAAAUAUUAGACAGCACACUCAGAUGUAUCUUUUAAAGUCUAGAUGAGUUUAUUCCAUCAUGCUGGUAUAGCUUGUGUGACUAUUUGAAACAUAUUCAGAAUUUGGACGAGGUCCUGUUUAAACACUGCUGGUUCUAAUUCCUCAUUUCUUUUACAGCCUGCCAAGGAGUUCAAUAAAAAUACUGUUUUUCAGUUAGAGAAAAGUGUGUUAUUUCAAAACUACACAUGUUGAUAUAUAUUUUUAAAAAUCUUAAGGCAAGGACUUUGGGUGCUCUCACUUGGGGUAUCUGCAUUGUAUCAAAAACUGUCUUGUGCUCAAAUUCAAACAAGUUGAAGUACACAUCCACAACAGAUCCAACACUCAAGGUGCCCCUGGGACUAAUAAACACAUGGCUGACUCAGAACUGAUGGCCAAAACCGUGAA